CGGGGAGAUGGCGCUCGGGGCUGCUGUGGGACCGCUGUGGCGCUGUCAAGCAUCCCAAAGGCUGGGGCUGAGAGACAGGGAGGUCGCUUGUCACGGCUGUGCUUUUCAUACGGAUAGCUUGCCGUUUGUGUUCAGUGAUGCAAGAGGUCCCUCCCUGGGAUGUCCUUUCCUCUUUCCCUGGGAGAGGAGAUGGGUCUGCACCUUGUUUCUGGAAGCAGACCUUCAAAACGAGGCCUUCGUUUCAGAAAAAUGAAUUCAUAUGAGGACGAGAGUGACAGAGCAGCUUUGGUGGACACUAUGUCCAGCCAAGGUCAACCUACCACAGAAGAAUAUCUGAAUUCCUACAAUUCUAAGCAGAUCACAUUUUUUUAACAGACAGAGUAAGAAUCAGGACAAUGAAAUUAAAGGGCACACUUGUCACAGUUUGUGGAUUCCAUGUGUGUGCAGUGUUUACAGAUUGUCCAAAUUACUGAUGCUACCAGCCUCUUAGAGCUGCUCUAAGCAGUGGAAGAUGCUGUUCAGGCUCAGAAUGGCCUGGAUGAACUGCAGAAAUGGUCUAGAUGAAGGAAGAAAUAACUUACGGGGUGUGAGUGCAAAGGGCAAUAGUGAGGCAGGAAUAACCAGCUCUACAAUUACAGACGGGGCAGGGUCAGCUCACUCAGUAUAUGUUCAUAGACAAUAGAGUAGGGGGUUGUUUAGGUACAGUUUAUCUCAAUUUGUCAUAAGGUCCUGUGGAAAAAAAAAAAAAAGAUGCCAUCCUGGGACAUCUAAACAGACACAUAGCCUGCAGGACGUGGGAAGCAGCAUUCCUGUUACCCUCUCUACAGUAAGGCUGCAGAAGGACUACUGUGUCCAGUUUUGGGCAUUGUAUCAAGAAGGCUGUUGGAGCUACAGCCCUGUUGAUGGGGCCUCAGCUACCCUAAUCAGUUUUGACCUUGUCUCCAACCCUGUGUCAGGCCCUGCCUCCUGUUCCUCCUGAAAAAGGAGCCCCUGACCAGUCACCCCACUUUGGGGCUCUGUGGGCACCCUGCAGGCAGCACCAGCUCUGCCCAUCUUGCAGGGAUACUGUGGGACUGUGGCUGGCUACUGAGCACGCCCUCAGACCCGCUCCAAGCCUUGUGCUGGAAGCAGAGACAGAAAGGCGAGGGCUAUGGAAAGGCUGAAUAAGUGGUGCUUGUUUGAACGAAAGCACAAAAGGCUAUAAUUUGGUUACAUUCUUAGCAUGUAUAAAACACUGUGACAGUUUUCCACAUCCAGGGAUGAGAAGGAAAAAUACAGUGAGUUACAUGUGUGGCAAUUAAGGCUUUGUUGAAACAUUAGGGGAAAGCUGGUGGUAGGGAUAAUAUUCCUCACCCUGGAUUUGGCAUGCUACUGUUAUGUUACUGUGGGUAGCUAGAAUCCUCAGGUUGGUUCUGGUCUUUCAUUCAGUUAAACUUUUUACUGAAGUUAAGGCCCAAAUUAACCAAAUAUGAUGCAUAUAUGCAUAGUUCUAUGCCCCACUAACGGUUGCUUUCCUUCUAUGAUACAGCUGAAGAAGGUGAUUAAACUUGACAAACACAGGUGGGAAUGUUUGAACCCAUUUAACUUCAUGAGAUUAUAAAAAUGCAGGCUCUUAAACUUUGCCAUAUGAAUAGAAUUGCUGUGCUUUGUUUAAUUUUUACUAGAAAUAAGGAAUCUUAAAAUACCUGAAACACUAAGAGUGCUUCUGUGUUGUACAUACAGUUUGUUAGAGCCAAGAACAAGAAAGGAGAUUGUCCUGUAAGAAUAGCCUCUUUUAUUUGCCAGACUUUGAAAUAAUUGGGAUGUAAUUUUGAACUUCAUUACCCACACUUAGUUCUGUAAUACACUGAAUUGGGAUAUCCAAUCCAAAUAAUAUUUUAACUUGCAAUUGUUACCUGAGAUCAGAUUUCCAGCUGUGAGGUAAAAUAACUUUCUUCUUUUUGCAGGUGCAUAAAAAUGAAUUGUUUUGAACUUUUAUCUAUUCUAAUUGCUUUUUUAUAGAGACCUAAAUAGAAAACUACUUUUGUUUCCAGGAAAGAACUGCUUAUGAUACAAAGUUACAAGUUUUCUGUGCAAGUCCUAGAGCCAUUGUGGUUAGAAGCAUUUUCACAUCUAUAGUAUCAGAAAAAGAAACUAUGUAGAACUCAAAGCCACUUCUCUUCCUGUGUAUGGCUUGAAGACUGAGCACAUUUUAUCAGUCAGCUUUUAUAGUCUCAUGUGCUGAGUUUCUUUUUAAUGUUAGAAAAAUUAAUAUCUUCUCCUUGCUUGUUGCUGGUAACAAAACCAGAGACUUGACAAAAGCUUUUGUAACAUUUUAGCUCUUUGCUGAGUGCAUUUACUUUUAGCUGUUUUGGGGAUGCUUCUCUGAACAUACAUCAGUAAUAUCAGAGCCCAAAGGAAGGAAAGGGAGUGGAGAACAGCCACCAUUUUUCUUUAAGAAAAGAUAAUUAAACAAUAAGAGUGCUACUCAUCUUUUAAAAGCAGUUUACUUUCAUGUGUCUUUCUUUGGGGGGUGCUGAAGAGGUAAGAACAUCAUUUUAAUCUAUUCUAUAUGAUAUUGCACAGAGGGAUGCAUUUUUACCUACUUGCAUGAUGUUUUUCAAACUGCAAAGGUAUAACGGAAAAGCCACAACUGGAACUUAAUUGUUUGUGUUGGGUUUUGUUGUUUGUUUUUAUUUUCACUUUUAAGUUCUGGGGUUGGGUGUUAUAUCACAGAUAUAAUUUUGGUAAGGCAUUAUCAAAGGACUUAUAAGUAAUUUGCAUGUGCACAUGCAGGGGGGUGAAAAUUAAACUGUUGCAGCCAUGUAGUACAGAAUAACAUCUGCAAUUUUCUUAACUAAGAAUAAAUUUAUGAGAUUGGCCUCAGAUGAAUAGAAAAUAGCCAAAAAUUACAGUGGCUUUUGUGAUCGUUUUUACCCUGAACCUUCUUAACCUGUGUCCUAGCUACUGAUGUGUUACAUCUAUUUUCUGGGUUAAUGGAUGAAGUAAUCCAAUUAUCUCAAGUCAAUGAAGACUGUCACUUUAGAAGAUUAGUUUAUUUAUACUUAUUUAAUUGUCAUUAUUUUGCUAAUGCUUAAGGAUCUGAAAGGAGAUCAAUAAUACAUUAAGUGUAAAAUUGCUUUGAGGAAAGGCUUGCUAAGUCAGGCGUUUCUAAGUUUAAAAACUUAAAAAAUAAGUUACCUUUUGCAAACUUAAUCUUGUGUUAGAUAGACCUCUUGAUUGAUCUUCAGUUACAUAACUAUGUACUAUUUUAGGCUGAUAUAAAAGAAAAAAGUAUAUUUUUUUGAGAUUGCACUCAGUGCAUUCAUGUCUUCUCCUAAGGCAGAGCCAUGUUGGUUAUUCCUUCUCCCUUAUAUUGGCUUUGAGAUUUCAUAUGAUAUUUUCAAAAAGCUACUGAUCCAUCUAUAAUUUAAAAUAAAAUGUAAUAAUAAUAAACACGUAAUUAACAUAUUCCCUUCAAGUAUUAUUUUAAUGUGAACUUUGUGCUGAAAAGGAAAAAUUGUCAUGGUAUUUACUAAAGAGGUUGCUGCUAUUUUUGGUUUUAUGUAGAAGACACUCAGCUUUGAGGUUAACUGACCACAUAAAACAACUAGUUAACUGGAUUCAACGAGUCAACAAGAAAGGAGGGGAUCUGCGAAGGUUUAUAAUGUUGUUUCUUCCUGUCAAAGAGGGCCAUUACUGAAGACACUUCUUUAUUACUGCCAAAAACCUAAUCUAAUGCAGACAGCUUUGGUGUAAGAGAAAAGCUCUUUUGCAGUGGUAGAGAGCUUUACAGUCCAAUUUGAACACUUCUGUGGAAUGAUUACAAGUUCAAGUCUGUUUUGGGGCCAAGAAUUAUCUCCCAUUUCAGGGGUUACAAUGCUUUUAUAAUACUUUGUUUAUUCUGAGAGCUACCUCAUCAUAAAGUCAGAUUUUAAGUUACCUUUGGAUGUGCAAGAAAAAUUGUCAGAACACAAUGAUUGCCAGAGUUGAAAUCUUCAUGAAGAUUAAAAACCCAACAACUGUAGAAGUGUGCAGGUGCAAUAUUGCUAGAGCUGCUGGCUGCAUGAUGAAUUUUAAGCUUUGUCUGCAGUGUGUGCUGACCUUGCCCAGCCAUGAGAGAGCCAUGGUGGCUUUUUUCCUCUCUGCACAGGGCAAAUGCUGCAGGAUGGAGGGCCCUGGCACUUUGCUCUGCAGUAAAUUUGUUCCAUUGUUUAGUACCAGAAGAUGAUUCUAGUCUUUCCAUCCUGCUCCCUGUUAGCAUUAGAUUCAGUGCUUGUGAUUUAUCACUAUGAAUAGGGUAUGGAGUGUAACAUAUUAAAUCAGCUGGUUUUGAUGUUUGCAGUAUCAACAAGAGGCUGAGAUUGAAUGCACUUCUGGAAAAUCCUGCCCUGGCUAAGGUAGAAACUGUGUCUCCCAGGGGGAAUAACUGUGAGCAAGACAAAUCAGAAAUAAGGGGAGGGUCUAAGCUCUUCCUUCCAUCACAGUGUUAAAAUCUGUGCAAGUUUGAAUAGCUGAAACGAAUGGUUUGUUUGUUUGUUUUGUGCAUCUCUAAAUAAAAUUCUGUGUGUCCUCUGAAACUCAUUUCUCAAAACAGUCUUGACAUAUGGAAAACUUUGUGCCCUGAAAGCAGUUGAAGGAUGUAGGGGCUUUUGAAAGUGACGUAUAUUGUGUUAAAAAAUUGCUCAAGCUUUCUAUGUUUCAAAUGAGUAAUUUCCUGUGAAAUUGCAGUUGGUAAGGAAAUAAAAUAUGAUUAUGCCUAUCUCUGUCUCUUUUGUUUGCACAGGAAACCAAUAUCUUUUUUUUUUUUCCCUUUUAACACUGCUUCUGUGAAAUGCUUUCUCCUUUUGGUGUCUGAAGGGUUUUACAAAAAAAAAAAGAACACAACAUACAGGAAUGGAAUGCUUGCUGUUUAUAAAUACAUGUUAUCACCUUCUGCUUUUUUUGGUGGGAAAUAAGUUAACUAUAAAUUAAGUAUUUGGAGCAAGCUGCAUGUGAAGUAAUUACCUGCACUGACAAAAAUACAUUGUCACUAUAUAUAUAUGAAGUGUUAGUGGGUGAGGGUUUGUUUGUUUAGGUUUUCAGUUGUUUCUUUUUUUAAAUUAAACUCAGUAUUUUAAAAUAAUGCAAUCAACAUUGUGUCAGCAGUACAGAUGGUUGUUCAGAUUCUCAGCUGAGGUCCAUCAGUGAAACAUCAGUAACUGCCUUGGGAAAGCUUUACCCUUCUGACCUAGCAUCUAGACCCUUUUCCUAGAGCCUGACUGUGUGUAUUUACUCCAGAUUAAGUUUGAAAUGCUUAACCAGCUUUCAUGUACACAUCUUUAACAUUUUGUGUACCGUAAGUAGAAUUAUCUUACAUUUCUUGUAAUAGGCACUAGAUGCCAGACAGUAGUACUGAAAAUGAAUGUGGUGUGCAAGCUGGUUUGAAUUGAAUAACCAUUCUCUCUCUUGGCUUUGCUGUGAAGUAUAUUAAAAUUGUUUUAUAUUUUGGUGGAGGUUCUGCAAAAAUGAAGAUCACAGAAUACAUUCAAACUACAGUUGGGAUUCUGUUUUAAUUUUACACUUCUCAUGUGCUUGUACAUGAACUUCUUUGGUUUGGGGCCAAAAUUGUUAGUGCACUGAGAUGAAAAGAAUAACUUUUUACUGUUUCGGUGUAUUAACAAAGAGAAUAGCAUUAUUUGUUAUUAAACUGUUUAUCUAGACUUAAAAGACAUAGGUAAUUGAUAAAAAUGACUCUUAGAAAUGUCUUUCCUCUUAGUUUUGUGAUGUUUUGUCUUUUCAAUAAAAUGAGAUUAGAAAGGGGCAUUUUUUUCUUCAAAAAUUUUGUCACAAGGACUAUGAAUUUUCCAGUCACGGGACCUGCAGGCCUGUGGUCAGAACUAACUUAAACUUUUUUAUUGGUUAUUUUAUUUUAACUGUACAAAAAAUGCAAAGAUAUGUACCUGAGUGUUAAUGGACGUUAUGGUGAGACUCUUUGAAGAACAGGACUGUCUUAAAACCUCUCCUGUAUCUGAAUUAGUGUAUGAAAGGUUUGAGUGUAGCAAAAUGUGUUCUUCACAUACUAUUUUAAAUGUCUUGGAAAGAAGAGAUAAUAACAUAUAUUCUUCAUUUUUUUCCUAGGUCCAGAAAUCCCAUAUCUACAAAACCAAAUAAAAAACCUCAAACGAGUCCCCUCACUCCUUUACACUAUUUCUUGACAUAUUGUCCCUCCAUCUGGAGGCAGUUAAAGCCCUGUCUGGGACAUUGCUGCAAGCUCUCAUCUCCUUUGGAACUACUUUCAGUGGAAAAAAAAAUAAAAAAAGAAAAGAACAGGAAGUUUAAGGACAUGAAAAAGUCAAGAUUGCUGUGAUCUUGAUAACUGUUCAUAUUCCCUGGUUUGCAGAGACACCUAAGUGAUGGUUUGUGUGAAGACAGACACAGUCAUUUUUCUCUUCAAGGGCAUGACACAGUGAAACACAUCACCAAUUGAGUAAGAGCACAGGCACUUAGUUAACACCCAGAACAUUGUUCUGGAUAUACUAGAACACAUAGGAUAGGAGUCUACAGAACAAGUGAAAUUUGGAGAAAAUGGCCUGUGAAUUUAAUUUGAACUUCCUUAAGGAAUUGGAACGAGAGGCUGUUUUGGAAGUCUUGUACCGUGAUGAGAUGGUGAGAAAAACAGAAGAGGAAAGAAUAAGGAAACUGAAACUGCAUCUACAGCAGCUUCGGUGGAAAGGAGCAAAAAAUGUAAGCCAUGAAUAUCAGGAGAGAUCUUGUGCUCGCUGUCAGAAAUCUCUCGGGUUGUUGAUGAACAGAGGGGCAGUGUGCAAUGGCUGCAGUCAUCGAGUAUGCUCUGAAUGCCGUGUCUGCCUAAAUCCCUGCCUUUGGAAAUGCACCAUUUGUUAUGCUCAUGGAGAUGUUAAAGUAAAGGCUGGUGAAUGGUUCUUUGAGGAACGAGCAAAGAAAUAUCCAGGUGAAGGCAGACAUGAAACAGUUGGUGCAAAGCUCUUGAAAUCUUGUCAGAAACUGAGUAAAAUUUCUGUCGUACCUCCAACUCCACCUCCUUUCACAGAAUCAACAGCAGGAAUCAAUGUGAUGGUCAAUGAACUUGGAGAGUCUAAAAGGUUUAAUAAAUCUGUGGAAAACUUGUUUUUGUCUCUCACAACACACAUAAAAAAAAUCUCAAAGUCUCAGAAUGAUAUGACUGACAGAUGUGUCCUAACCACAGACUUUGGGAAGAAUGUGGAAAGAAGGUGGCAAAGAAGGAGCCAGUCUGACACUGCCAUCAACAUUACAAGCAAGAUGAAAAGUACACCCAGUCUGCAACAGCUCAUCACUGGGGCCCAAAAUGACAGUGAAAUUCUGACAAAAAGUAGUUGCAAGGAGGAAGAAGACAUAACAACCAGUUCCACGAGCGAUACGGUUUUCUGUGAUGGCAGAAAACAUGGAAGUUUGUUUAGUCUUAACAGCACUUGCACUGAAUCUGGCAAUUUUGGCAAAGCUAAUGUCACAGGAGAAAUAGAGUUUGCCUUAAGAUACAUCUUCAGAGCUUACAUCUUGGAAAUUUGCAUCAAGGGAUGCAAGAACCUGGCUUAUGGAGAAGAGAAGAAGAAAAAGUGUAACCCGUAUGUUAAAGUUUAUUUACUUCCUGAUAAAUCUCCUUGGAGUAAGCGAAAGACAGCUGUCAAAAAGAGCACAGUGGAUCCAGAGUUCAAUGAGACUUUGAAGUACAAGAUUGAAUACUCCCAGCUGCGAAGUCGGCAACUUCAGAUCUCUGUGUGGCAUGCGGGAGCACUCAAAUACAGGGUGUUUUUGGGGGAAGUAGUGAUUCCACUGGCAGCAUGGAAUUUUGAAGAGGACUCAAUGCAGUUAUUUGACUGGUAUCAACUCAAACCCAAGCUUGAAAAGCCUGAAGAUGAUCUUACCCAGUACAGCGGUGAACUCCUCUUGUCUGCAAGACUCUUGGUACCAGCCCAGUAUAAAAAUUUCCAGUUUGAAGGAAACAAAGACCAAGGAGUUCCCAACUGCCAGCUUCAGAUUAUGAUAUUUGGGGCUAAGAACUUGCCCAUGCUGAGACCUGCUGGAGUGUUGAACUCCUUUGUUAAAGGUUGUCUUAUCCUUCCAAACCAAGCAGAGGUAAGGCAAAAGUCUCCUGUCCUGAAGAAAGAAGCCUAUCCUCAGUGGAAACACUUGUUUGUCUUUGAUGGUGUGACCCCAGCUCAGCUACAGCAAUCAUGUCUACACUUGACUGUCUGGGACAAGUCAACUUUCAGCUCAAGUGAUCGAUUCCUAGGAGGAGCCAAGCUCGGUACAAAGGAACUGUUUGGCUCUACAGACCUUGUUUCUCAGUCAGUGCUCCAAUGGCAAGAAGUGCUCUGCAACCCAAACAUGUGGAUGGACUUUACACUUGUACUGCAUUCAAAUAAGGAAAACUUUAAAUCAUGAGAAAUUAUCACACAACUUUUCCUUCCCCAUUUGUGAUAUUUUAGACUUCCCCAGACUUCAGGUCUGGGGAAAGGUAUGAUGCAAAUGCAUCCACUCUGGCUUUUGGGGAAUAGACUUAUGUAUUUGAAAGUGUGUGACAUUCUGAAUGUCUUAUUUCUUAAAAAGUAAAGGCUUUAACUUGUGUUUCUAGCUGGAGUAUAAGGUUAAUAUUGUUUCUUCAGGAGUUACAGUCUCAGUUUGAGAUGCAUUAUGCUGACAAAGCAACAGUAGCCAGACAAUAUGCAGUUUUCCAUUUCUGGGCAUAGCCAAACUCUCAUUGUUUAGUCACAGCUAGGAAUAUUUCUCAGAGAAAAUAACUGUUACAGGAGUAAAGUUAUGUGCUUUCACUCUGAGGUUAAUGUUUUAUACACAGAACUGAAAACUAGCUUAUCUUUGUCUGCUUGCUGCAAAGGGGAGAUGCUAAUAACUCUGCUUCAGAAUUACCUACACUGCCACUAUUAUUUCACAUGCCACUAAAAAGCAUUGGCCUGUAGCUACAUCUCUCAAAUGUGUGCUGCAUCAUAGGUCUUAGAAAGUUAAGGUACAAAUUCUCCCUCAGUAGGAGGGACAACAGUGUCCCUCAGUGGGACAACAGCUGAUAGACUAAGUGUGGGUGUAAUAAGUUCCUUCUUAUCUGCCGCUGUAAGACAGCUUUAACAAGUCUGAUCCAUAGGGCGUACAGCAUGUGACAAGAAUUUAGCUCCUGACUAAAUGACUUUAUCAUUUAUUCAUGUGUACUGGUGGAAAUGCAAACUUAGGCCAAACUACUGCAGUAAUUUGCCUUGCCUCGGAUGUAGUGUUACAGUUAGCAGAAACUUCAUAUAUACAACUGUAACUAGUGCUGCUGUGUUAUACUUUUGUUACUGCAAGUAUUGCCCUUUCUUCCUUUAUAGGUCAGUGUGGCUUUUAAGGAUUUAAGAUUUAAAGACACAAGGACUAACAGGCUAAGCUGAGGAACUAAAAGAGCAGUAGUACACCUUAUACAGAAUACACCCCACACAAGAAACACUUGACUCCACAUCCUUUGUUACUUUGCAGAUCUUUUAUUUAGAUGUUUGCUGCUGCAAAUAAAAAAAACCCCACACAAGAUUCUACUCACGUAUAAUGCAGCAUAGAUAUUGUAAAUGGAAGAGAAGAGGUGACAACAUACUGUAUCUCACUUUCUAACAGAUUUUCAAGGAAAGGGGGAGAGUGGGGGAAGAAUGGUCACAGAAAUGCUCUCUACUAGAGAGAAUUCAACUGUGAUAUAAACAAGCAGUCCCUUCAUCUUUGGAGUCUGAAACUUUAAAUCAAACAUUUAAAAAAAUUAGAAAAUUUGUUAGAAAAAUAGGUGCAGUAAAAUUGUAUAUACUGGAUCAUGUGUACAUAUAACAGUUUUCAUUAAGUAAAAAAAUGAUCUUUACAAAUAAUGCUUUAUAGUAAAUAAUCAGCUGCACUGUAUCAGACUACAGUGCUGUUUAGGCAUUUUUACAGACACAAGUCUUAUUAAAUCUGAAAAGUAACAAAAUAUACAGAGCAAAACUAUUUCCCUUUAAACUAGUACUGCAAUCCACAUGUUGCAUGUUUUUAUAUAUAUAUAUAUAUAAAUACUACACUAUAACUGAUCAGUAAUGAAGUUGGAAUGCAAACACAGUAGUGUAUUUGGAUUCCAACAGAGUAUUUGCUACUUGUUACGUGAAGAGGAUAUGAGUGUCCCUAUGCCACACUUCUGAGCCAUCACUGCAGAAAUUCUCCAGUUGAGAACAGUAACCAGAAAACGCCUAAUUUCUACACAAAGUAGUUCUGAGGUGUUGUCAGUUCUUUUGUGUGUGGGGGUGGGCUGGGGAGGGGGAACAUGGGCAUCAAGACCAAGGAAAAAACAGGGCGUACAAGCACAUGUGCAAGGUUGUACACACUCAGGUGCUUGCAAAUCCUGAGUUCCAGAACCUGUCUUCUCAACUGCUGGACUUCACACUGUAACUAAUAAUACAAAGACGUAUGGCACAAAAUUCACCCACAGAUGCUUAUUUUUUAGACCAGGAUGAAUCCAGCACCUGCACAGGACAUGUAUCUUCAACUAGAAGCACAGCCUGUUAAAAUUUGUCUUGCUUAACGAGAGAUGUGACAUAAGGCCUUUUGGCACUAAGCAAAGGCAUGAGCAAGUUACCAGGAUCAGUGGUACAAUAAGUUUUUGACUAUAUCAAAUUUCAGAGAAGGUACAGGAUAAAUGGGAGAUUUAAACACCUCUGGGUUUAGAGAACAUUUGUUAAGUGUCAUACAGUGAUGCCUCCUCAGGAAAAAAAAAACAAACCAAAAAACCAACACAACAAAAAAACCCCAAAAUAAGAACACAGCA